AAUCUUUUAAAAAAUCACAGUUUGAAUUUAAUCGUUCAGUGCUAGUAAUCAUGAAAUUCUUCAUUGUUUUGGUUGCCGCUUUGGCUAUGGCUGCUCCCGCCUUCGGCAGGACCAUGACCCGUUGCUCCUUGGCCCGUGAGAUGUAUGCCUUGGGUGUACCCAAAUCCGAAUUGCCCCAAUGGACUUGCAUUGCCGAGCACGAGUCUUCCUACCGCACCAACGUUGUUGGCCCCACCAACUCCAAUGGCUCCAACGAUUAUGGCAUCUUCCAAAUCAACAACUACUACUGGUGCCAACCUGCCAAUGGCCGUUUCUCCUACAACGAAUGCAAAUUGAGCUGCAACAACUUGUUGACCGAUAGCAUCAACGAUUCCGUCACCUGUGCCCGCAAGAUCAAGUCUCAACAAGGCUGGACCGCCUGGUCUACCUGGAAGUACUGCAGCGGUUCCUUGCCCAGCAUCAACGAUUGCUUCUAAAUGAUUGAUUCAAAUUUGUGAAUAAACAUUGAAAGGCUAUAAAUGAA